AUGAACGUGGUGGAGUGCUUUUCGGGAAAUGAGAAGAUGGUACAUGAUGGGUGGACACUAUCCCGGUUUAGGGACAUUGUCGACCUGGAUAUGGAAAAUGUGGGAGUAGAUUGGGCCAGAGAGCGAUGGAUUGGGACGAAGGGUGCUGUGAUGAAGUCCGAUGUGACGACGCCACCUCACGCUGAUGCCUGGAUAAUUCGAUGGUAUAAGAGGAUGAACUUUGACGAUCCCGGACUUGGACAACUAGGCCAAGGAUCAGGGAAUGAAGCACGAGAGAACGUGGUGGACCCCAAUCAGAGCCAAGCGUCACGGAUCUAG